CGGCCGACACCGUAGAGCGGCUGCGCGCGGACGCCGGAAGCGGAAGGGCGUGAGCGCGGUGCGGCGGCGGGAGGAAGCCGGCAGUAUGGCGGCUGUGGUGCUGAGCGAGCCGGAGAAGCUCUACAUCGUGCAUGGCGUACAGGAAGAUCUUCGUGUAGAUGGUCGUGGCUGUGAAGACUACAGAUGUGCAGAAGUAGAAACAGAUGUUGUAUCGAACACAAGUGGAUCUGCAAGAGUAAAGCUGGGAAACACUGAUAUCUUGGUAGGAGUAAAAGCUGAAAUGGGGACACCAAAGAUAGAGAAGCCAGAUGAAGGCUACCUGGAAUUCUGUGUUGACUGUUCUGCAAAUGCUACUCCUGAAUUUGAAGGCCGAGGAGGAGAAGAGCUUGGCACAGAGAUAACAAGUACAUUCUACACAGUAUUUAGCAGUGAGAACAGUGUAGACUUGAAAUCACUUUGUAUUAAUCCCAGAGAGCACUGCUGGGUUCUCUACGUUGAUGUGUUGUUAUUGGUAUGUGGUGGGAACCUCUUUGAUGCAAUCUCUAUCGCAGUGAAGGCAGCUCUCUUUAACACAAGAAUACCCAAAGUGCGUGUUCUGGAGGAUGAAGAGGGCUCUAAAGAGAUUGAGCUGUCUGAUGACCCUUACGAUUGCAUUCGACUUAAUGUGGAGAAUGUGCCCUUAAUUGUCACAUUAAGCAAAAUUGGCUAUAGGCAUGUGGUGGAUGCUACCCUUGAGGAAGAAGCCUGUUCUUUGGCUAGCCUGCUUGUUUCUGUGACCAGUAAAGGUGCCCUGACUUCUAUAAAGAAAAUGGGGAGGGGCAGCCUGGAUCCUGAGAGUAUCUUUGAAAUGAUGGAGGUAAGUUUUGAGCAUAGGCAAGGCGUUGCACGUGGCCCUUCAGAAGAUUCUGGAUGAAGAAGAGAGUUUGGGGACGUCGCGGCAGAAAGUUGGAUUUCUAGGAUGAGUUUUUAUUAAAUGUUCAAAACUGGUUUUAAGUGAUGGUCCGAUAUUGUCAAUUUGUAUGUAGAAAAAGGCUAUUUUUUGCAAUACCUUUAUCCUUCUGGCUAAGAGGCUUUUAAAACGUUCCCAAGAAAAGAAGGCUACAGUUCAAUGUGAAUAAGCGAAUCUGAGAUGCUUUUUGUGUGGGUAACUAUCUGCACACAGAAAAUGCACUACCAGCAAUUGAUGCAGUUGCCUGGGAAGUGCUUGAGUCUGUUUUCAAGAGUGACUGGUGGAGGUUCCACUUAAUUCUGUUUCAAUGUGUUCUACUUCUGCAGACCAGCUCCUGUGUUCUACAGUGUGUAUGGGGUUGUACUUGGUACAGCACAAGCCAGUUUUUGGGCCUUUUGACUUUGUUUUUUUGUUCACCAGCCAGCUGAGAACAGCAUUUGGUGGAAUUCUUUCAUCAAGUUAUCUUACUUUUCUUUGAAUAAAACAUGGUUAGAUUUUACUAUAAAUACAA